GGAGCGGAGAGGCAAGAUGGCGGAGGAGCUGGCUGGGUCGUUUUCCCCUCAGCCUGGACGAUGCGCUUAUUUCGUGGCGCGGAAGAGACGCUUCUGCAAGAUGGUCCCGGCGCAGGGAAGGCGCUUUUGUGGGGAACACGCAGCCCAGGAGGAAGAAAAUGGCAAGAAAAGAAUUCCGUGCCCUCUGGAUUCAAAACACACUGUAUAUGAAGAUCUGCUACAAAAACACUUGAGAAAAUGUAAUUCAAGAGAGAAACCAAAGCCUCUCUACUUUGCUGAAGAUAUUAAUGCAGGAUUGAAAGAGGCAACAGAAUUGCCUGAGGAAAAGCAGGUUUCAGUUUCUGCUCUCUCUAAAGAAGAAUUAGAAGAUUUGAUUAGAAAACUGAAAAAAGCAAGUAAUGGCAUAAAAUCCAUUCUUAAGGACCAAACCUGUUCUCAUCAUGCCUUACAGGAAGCCUUAAGUGACCCCAGAAAUGGGGAUGCAGCUUUCAAGCAUUUGAAACAGCAGGCUUCUAUAUUAGGUAACAUGGAGAGAUUAAAUUUGCUUGGGACGAAGAGAUGUUUUGUUGAAUUUGGAGCUGGACGAGGAAAGCUGUCUCACUGGGUUGAUAUAGCCUUACAAGAUGCUAAAGAUGUUCACUUCCUUCUUGUUGAAAGAGCAACUACAAGAUAUAAGGUAGAUGGAAAGCACAGGAAAAACAGCUUUGAAAGGCUUCAAGUUGAUAUUCAGCACUUGUGCCUAAAUAAGGUACCUGUUCUUGUGAAAGAGAAACUACCUACAGUAGGCAUUGGAAAGCAUGUAUGUGGUUCUGCAACAGACCUUGCUCUGAGAUGUUUGGUUGAAACCUAUGCAAAUUUCUGUGAAGAUGACAGAAGAGAAAGUCCAUCAGCUAAACGUCGGAAGAGUGAUGGAACCAGCGCUGCUCUUGAUAAUUCCAGUGACACUUGUAGUAAAUCUGUAGCUGAGAACCAAAGCCCUGUGGCUGGCAUUGUUAUUGCAUUGUGUUGCCAUCAUAGAUGCGACUGGAGGUAUUAUGUGGGUCGAGAAUUUUUUACCGCACUGGGGCUUGGAGCAACAGAAUUCAAUUAUUUUAAAAGAAUUACAAGCUGGGCCACUUGUGGCAUGAGAGACAGUAGUCCCCAAACCUCUAGAAUUGAAACGGAGAGUGACGAACAAGGCAGUGAAGCUGAAGAACAUGACCCACCUGACAAACACAUGGAGUGCACUUCAGAUAGUCUGCAAGGGCUGCUGACCACCGAGGAACGAAAACGCAUAGGUCAGUUAUGUAAACUGUUGAUUGAUCAUGGCCGGAUUGAAUAUUUACAGCAAAGAGGGUAUGAUGCUGUCUUGCAGUACUAUACAGAUCCAAGUGUGUCCUUAGAAAAUGUGCUAUUGACAGCAGUACCACAUCAGUCUUCAUUACCUCAUUCAACUUCUUAAAGGGAGAAAGGAUUUUACAGUGACUGGACUUGUGCUGUGUAGGGUUUUUGGUUUUUUUCAGAUUUCAAUAUUGGCUCAAAACACCAAAGCAUUCCUCCCACAGUGAGAGAAUAUCGUAACAUUUUUCUCAGAGUAGAUAUGAGUGUUCUUCAGUCUUUCGAACUUGAAAAAAGUAUGAUAGUUGCCUCCUAGUAGUUGUAAAAAGGAAAUUGGCAGGAUUUAUUUCCAGUUGUUAUUGAUAGCAGCAAUAUUGUUUUCUGUGUUUUCUGAAAGAUAAGAAUUUGAAAUUGAAGAAUCCACAUACUUAAUUCUGCACACAACAUCUUAUUUACAGUCUCAGCUAAUGUAUUACUUUGUAUGUAUUAUAGAAGUUGUUCUACUCCAUUUUUUAAAACUGCAUUUGAACGCAUGAGUCCAUUUGUGUUGAAUUAAAGCAUUUUGUCUAAGCUUAUAAAAUACCUUUGUUCUGCCAGCAAAGAUUGCUUUUCUAGAACUACAGCCCCAGGUUGCUUUGGCUGCUGUUGGUGUCCAGAACAGUCACUAGCCAUGCACUAGAAUCUCUUCUGCAGGAAUAUGUCCACUACAGACUUUUUUCUUGAAAACUCAAAAAAUCCUUUAGGUGAUAUGGCAUGGGUACUGUGUGGGGCAGCCCAGAGAGGAAAAUGAUAUUAGUUUGGGUGGGCCCUGCAGAAAUGUGCUCCUUCCUCUGCACAUGGCAUACAAACACACUUUUAUUGCAGUCUUUCCAGAAAGAUUAUAACUAACCAGAUUUGGGAAAGAAUGCAGAAAAGCAGAAGAAAACACAGAGAAUGAAUUAUUAGGCAACACAGUAUCAGUACUCCAAAAAACCCAAUCUGCUUUUGCAUCCAAACUGAAGCAAAACUUCCAUGUAAAAAAAUCCAGAAAUGCUACAGAAAUUAGCAAAAGGCAGAAUUUUUCUAGGUGGUUCCUUUUCUUUACUUCUUGUCUUGGCUAUUACCAACUAGUGGCAAACAUUCACGGAGUCUAAAAUUCCUUUGUACCAAAGUAUUUUAAAGAGCAGUAGGACAUGAGCCAUCUGGUUUCUAGUCUCUGAGCAACAAGCCUAUCACAGUUGUUUUCCCAGCCUGCCCUCCCGCUCCCCUCCAGAAACAGAUUUUGACAUUCUGGGAAGGAAAUAUAGACUUUGGUAUUAGGAAGUGAGGCAACAAUAAUCUAAGCUAGCAGAUAAUACGCAGAGGUGCUAGUAAAAAGGUCACUGUGAAUAGGGAAUUGGAAUGUGUGCCAUUACUGUUAACACCUGCUAUUGUGCUUUGUUUGUUCUACUGUAUACCGUUAUCUUGCUUGCCUCUCUCUUGGCGUUUUUCCCAGUCUGGCCUGGCUGGGUGUGAGAAUGAACCUGAGUGGGCUGGGCCAGAGUUCUCUUGAAGUUCUGUGUGUGAUUUUUGAGUCAUUGGCUACAAGGCCUUGGACAGACCUAAGCUUUGCAAUAAAGAUCCCUUUCUUUUAUGAAGGUUCUUGUUGCUGGACUCAGUUCGUUACAGUCAUCUUUCUUCAAAUCAUCGAUGCAUGUUUUCCUCCAAGAAUUGAGUUCAUUUUAAGUAUGCAAAGAUACCUUUUCUGCUGUGUGAUUCCUCAAUGUAUGCUUGCAUGAACUGAAUUCCAUACAACUCUCGUUCUUCCUCCUCUUCCUCAUUCUCACAUGGAGGGAGUAUAAUCUGCAGUUUUAGCGGAUUGUCUCUGAAGUUGACAAAUCUAGUAAUUAGAAUAAUAGGUUAAGGCAGUGAUUUUGAAUUUUUUUAAAAGAGCAAUUUCAACCCCAACUGUUUGAUAGGAGAAAUUGCUAGCAGGACAAAUCCUGUUCAAAUCAGUGGUGCUUUGUGUUCGUACUAUGUAAUCUUCAGCAUUUUUCAGAAGCAUAGCCUACAUUUAUGAUUUAAUUCUAGUACUUAUUUCUAUACUUGUGCCUCCUUGUAAGAUCUCAGUGGUUUUAGUGGGGCUUUAUCUGUGUAUGGGAUAUCAAAUAUAACCUUGAUAGGAGAAUUUAAAUUGUUUAUGCAAUUAUAUUUAUUUGCAAUAGUUGUAUGUAUUCUGAGUUGUCUGUUGAAGUCAGUUUCAGCUAAGGUUGAUGCUGGCAUCUCUGCGAUAAGUACAGAUCUCGUCCAGGCAACUAGGUUCUUUACUUCUAUACUUCAAAAGCCUCCCCAGUGCAGAAUUCUGCAGCCAGGAUGUUGACUGAAGUAGAUUGUAGAGAGUGUAUGACUGCAUUCUUGGCUGUCCACAUGGGCUGCCAGUGUGUUUCUGAAUGGCUUGGGACCAGCAAACAUAAGGACCGUAUACUCCCUUACAAAUCUAUCCUGCCACAAGUCAUCUUUUGAGGCCCUGCUACAGGUGCCCCCGAACUUUUUUAGGGUAGGCAGGGGGACAACUCAGGACUCGGAGAUGAUCAUCUUAGUUGUGGUACUAAAACACUGGAACUCCCCGGAGAGAGUCACCUGUCCCCUUUUGUUAUUAUCUUCUGCCCGCAGGUGAAGACUUUUGUUUCAUCUGGUAUUCACUGAGUGACCCCUCCUUCUUGCCCUAUGUUUUAAUUAUUGUUUUUCUGCUUUUGUCUACAUAUUUUAGUUGGCUUUUCAUUGUUUUGAUGAAGUGUGUUUGGUUUUAAUGGCUUUGAAUAUGCAGUUUUCCUUAAUGUCAGCCACCUUGAUAGCCCUGAUGAGGGCAGAAAGAUGGGGUGUAAAAUCUGUAAAUAACAAUAAAUGAAUACAUUGGAACUUCAAGGAAUGAAGGGCAGGUGUCAAUAUAACAGUGAGCACAUAAAGGCUGGCACUUGGGAUUCCAACAAGACAGCCAGCUAGGGAUAAAAGGCAGAACUAGUUUGGGAAUUCCAAAUUCUUCAGUUCGUACCUAUUCAAUGCACAAAAGAUGCACACAAACCAAUUGAGUGUAAAUGCUUGGUAUCAAUCAUUUGACUAGUAAAUAAAUGUGUGCUCACUGUGAAUUGUAACACAAAGAGAGACUUGAACUCAUCAAUGACUGGGAACAGUGGAAAACAUUCUAAUUAGCAAAGCCCCAGAAAUAAUACACAAUGAGAACAGGACUAACUCAGACAUAGAGGGAACUUAGUGCAAGCAUCUGCCUAAACAGUCAAGGAAGUCCUCUUUCCACAGCCACUAAAUCAGCAGUGAUUGAAAGAAACAUCUAUCAGGAUACUUUUCUUCUCCUACAAGAUUAGUUGAUUUUGAUUACUGGAAAAUUAGGCUGCCAGUUUCAAAGCUCCUCACUUUGUCCCCCUCUGAGUAUGAAUAUGCCUUGAACACUCGAAAUUGGACUGCCAAAAGGGAGAUGGAUAUAUUACUAGGUGGGCCCACUGAUUUUCCUUAGUUUAAAGAAUGAGGCUUGAGUGAAGGGAGGAAUUUAUUAAUUUGGAAACAAAUGUGCAUUCCCAGAAACCAGUGACCAGAUUGUCUAUAUCUGCUGAUAGCUGUAAACAUGCAGUAGGUUGUGGUAUUUUACCUCAGGUUUGUCAUGCCUUCCAUACAAACAGGAAUAUCUUGAAGUUUGUUACUACUGAGGACAAGGGUACUUAGGUUUGCUAGGUUGCAAAUGGCUUCUGGCAAGUUAUUUAUUUCAUUCCGUUGGAGCCACAAUGUAUGCAGGUUUUCCAUUCUGCAAAGAAAAACAGCUCUAUUUAUUAUGAACAUUUCUUAAAUUCUCUUGACACCUCUUGUCAUCUCUGAGUAUGGUUAUAUCUCCACAACAAAACAUCAGCAUAUGGGGUGUCCUGUGAGCAAUUUUGCUGGUUUUCCAUCUAGACAUUUUAUAACAGCAGAAUAAGGAAAGACUUCUGGGAUCCCAGAAUGCUGAAUCCAAUAUUUGAUAAAAGAUGUAUGGUUCUCCCACCAAUCAUUUUAUUCUUGCCACAAUUCUGGGAGAAAAAUUGGGCUCACCCAGUUUCUUUUUCAUACCUGCUGUGGUAGAUUUUGUUUGAAAUGCUUUUCUAAUCCACAAGAUAGGAUUUUGGAACAAACAGCAAGCAUCUGGAGAAGGAUGGGAAAGAUUUCCUCCACCGAGACAUUCUGUGAGCUUUUAUGCUGAAUUCAACCUUUUCCAACCUGAGAGCUUUUAUGCUGAAUCCAAUACUUAUCCUUCCAAGGAGAUUGUCUGCUUUUAUAACAUCCUGUUAGAUCUGUUAAUGUGCUGCAUUAUAGACCAGCUAACCCCAUCCGUAAAUGAGUGAAAAGAUUAAAUUCAGUUAUAUCUGCCUUGGUGAUCUUUCAAUUACAGCUUAGGGAACAUCUUUUGCUUUGGGCAGUGCAAUGAUAUAGUUUAAUAGAGACACAUUUCUGCAUAACAAUACACAGUAUUGACUCUUACUGUUAAUAUGAAAUCCUGAUUAUAGCCAAAUAAUGGAGGCAGGAUUUUUCUCCAGUACCUGUCAAUAUUGCCAGGGAGUUCCUUCAGCUGAUUUCCUCCCAUGUCUAGCCAUUCCAGAUUAGGCAUCUCCAGGAGGACUGAUGGGAAAGUGGCAAACUGGUUCAUACUCAGAUCCAUGUGAUAAAGCCUUUUCAGAUUGCUGAGCUGAUGAAAAGAGGGAAGGGGCAACUGUCAGCAAGGACUCCCAGAUCAGAAUACAGCAGCUUAAUGUGGGCCUUUUAAAUACCCUUGCCCCCCAUUAGGUAUUUAGCCUUGCAGUGGGCUGCUGCCAGCUCUGUAUCAGACCACAUUCUUUAGAAGAUAUCUUUAGAAGCCAAUGACACUGUUCUAGACGCUUAAGAAUUCUAGUGAGGGUGUAUUGUUGUGGAACCACCUUUAGUAUUGUAUCAGCAAUGAAAGUCAACUACCACAGAAUGUCAAUGAACAGAUGGCUGAGUGAUCUGUCAGGUGCUUCCGGUUCAGUAAUCCAGUCUGGCCUGUUCCAGCAAUAGGUACCAGCUGGCUAUGUAACUGUAACCUUGUCGUGAUCAUAUAACUCUUGAAGAGGCCAUCGUUAGAUCCUAUGGAUCUGGCCAACUACUACCCAGUCCCAAAUCUAUAGUUUUGGUAAGGUAGUUGAGAGGGGGGUUGUGGAACAGCUGCAGGUAUUUCUGGAAGAUGCAUCAGUUUUGGACCCAUUCCGGUCGAGUUUCCAGCCUGGUCCUGGGACAGAACUGCUGGUCACCAUCACAGAUGAACUUCCCCAGCUAAUUUAAUUGUAAUUUUAAUUCACUAUCUUAAAAUAUGUAUUUAAUAUCUACUUUAUCUUGAGUGCUGAAUGUUACUUUACUCUUGUAUUUUAAUGAUACCGGUAGUUAUUUUAUCUGAAAGCUUAUGUGCUAUAUAGACUUAUUUAAAUACAUGAAUAGUGAAUGAGUAUAGUAAAUCUAUAUGCAAACAUGUCCAACAUGAACUAGUUACAGCUGCUUCAUAUGUUAUCAAGUAGGGAAAAUUGAAAUAUGGUAGAAUCAAGACAUCACAGAUUUUUAUUGUGGGAAGUCUGCAUAGAAGAAGGAAGAAAGGACAGAAAUUGCUUGGCUUUACUACUGUAAAGAUGAAAUAUUUCCUGUGCAAUGUUUAACAGUUACAAUCUUUUAAAUUCGCUGAAUUCAAUGGCCUAGAAAAGUUAGGAUUGUGCUGAGUCAGUUAAAACCUUUAGAUGGAUGAAGAAAGUGUCCCAUAUUAACUGUGCAACACUUUUAAAAAGUUAAUUAUCUUUAAUGAGUACCUAUAAAACUGCAUCCACAAAAUAUGAUUUUCCUUCAAAUCUGUUAUUGAAUAAGAAAAUGUAUGCAGACUUCAUUAACUGAAUCAGUUCCUUUAGCCAGAGACAGGUUGUAAUUGUGGUGAUGUGUGCCCUUAAGGAGUUUGAAUUGAUGGACGGAGAUAAGAUACCUGGGAAAAGCAGUUGUAGCUGAGACCUGGAGGAGUUCAGAUGUGGAGCUGCUGUUAGCUGUUCACUGUUUAACAGUUCACAUUGUUAAUUUUAAAUAAAGCUGUUUGAAACUGG